CUUCGAGAUGUGAAAUUCCUCUGAUCGAGAAAACUUGCCUCCCCUAUGUUGCCGCUGCCUAAUUGUUGUACACUCCAGCAAAACCAUCAGGUAGAUGGUGGAUCACUGCUGGUGGUGGUGGAUGGUUCGCAUGCUGACUAAUGCUAGCAUCGCAAGAACCUCACUCCCCAUCCCCUUCUCUAUCACUGUUGCGAAAUCCAAACCCCCGAGGAAAUCACCCUUUUCUAAGUAAAUGAAAUCGACAGCAAACACAGAUCUUGAACUUGGAGUCAUCUCAGCCAGCUCAACCUUACGAGGCUCCCCUCCUGUGCAGCCUUCACCGAGCAAGACCAAGACGCAGCCGUCUACCGCAAAUUCGAAUAUCUCAGUGCUCGCAAUCUUUUAUGCCAACAGAGCGAGUUGCAUACACUCCACUUGCAACUGCAAGAGCUGGACAAAACCCACGCAACGCACAAUGAAAACGAAAGCGGCGCGAGACCGGUCAAAUUAUUGCAACCCCACGAAUCUCCAAGCGAGCGAGCAUCAGGGCUUUACAGGAGACAACCAAGCGGAAGAGUUAAAGCAUACCGCACACGAGACGCUUCUCCUAGAGAGCCAAGUGCUGGCCCUUCGAGAAUCGGCUUCCCGAACUCUACGUGGCUUCAAACGCUGGUUCGCAUCCGCUGGUACCUCUAAGAGGGCAAUAUCCGUGUCCUGUGGGGAAAAGAUUAAUGCCUUUUCAACGAUGAGCAUGAUCUCGUCACAUCGGCACCUGUCGAGACUGAUCGCCUGAAUAAACGAUUUUGAAGGACGCGAGGUUGAUAUAAGCUUCAUAGUCGUCGGCACUAAAAUUUCUAGCCUUGGAGAUCCAGCCACAUCGACUCGAGUAAUGACCUAUGUUCUUUCCCGAACAUCGGAUACAAUUCGCCGGGGCAGUGAUAACCGCUAUUUUCAAUGCUUUAUCACUGAUUGGCGCAAUUGCAGCCCUCACAGCAGGCCAAAAAGUCCAGCAAAAGUGUGCAGA